AUGGCCACAGAUGUCAUAGAAAUGAGAACCGACAAUGAGCCGACACAGAAUGAUACUGAAGCUGUCAAACAGACGCGGACGCGGCGUCUGUUCAGCGAGGAACAGCUUUUCGCGCUCAAUUUGGUCAUGUAUGGCUCCUGGUACUUUGUCGGGACCAACACCUACGUUGUGAUGCUCAACGGCGGGCCUCAGACAUGGCUGUUUAGCUUCUUUAUCGUUGCAAUCGGUGUGGGAUGUCAGGCAGCUUCCUUUGCAGAGAUGGCCUCAGUCUAUCCUAUCGCUGGCGCCCAAUACUUUUGGACCAACAAUUACGCCCCUACUUCCGUCAAAGUCUUUCUUACUUGGUUGCAAGGCUGGACCACGUGGCUGGGGUACGUAUCCAUGCUCGCAAGCAACAUCAACGGCGGAAUUAUCACCCUGCAGGGCAUUAUCAACAUCGCGCACCCUGACUGGACUCCAAAAGGCUGGCAGACCACUCUUAUGAUCAUUGCGUACCUUGUGCUAUGCACCUCGGUCAACUUGUGGUUUUUUGGCGCGGUGCCUUGGUUUGAGGUCAUAGCCGGCAUACUCAACGUUUUUCUGUUUUUCAUCGUCGGCAUCGUUUGCUUGGUCAUGGCCCCACGCAAUAGCAUGGACAUUUUCCUGACGAAAAGCAAUGCCGGCGGCUGGAACGAAUUCGUGUCAUUUAAUAUCGGAAGCGCUGCAAACCUCUUUCUGUUUAUUGCCUUUGAAAGCACCGUUCAUUUGGGCGAGGAAACACGGGGGCCAAAACGUGCUGUCCCUUCCAGCAUGUUUUGGGGCUACGUCGCUAACGCCGCUAUGGCUCUUAUAAUGAUAAUCAUAUUUGGUGUCGUCUUUCCGGGCAUUGAGGCCAUUCUUGGAUCCGUCAGCCCCUUGGCCACCAUUAUAAGUCACGCUACCGGCUCUCCGUCCGCAUCUGUCGCCAUUCUUUCCUGCAUGCUUUUCUGCAUGUUCGCCGCGUCGAUUGGAAACCUUUCAUCGGUAUCCCGCCUGACGUGGGCCUGGGCUCGCGACGGCGGUUUGCCCAAAUAUUUCGCAAUCGUCGAUGGCCAAACGCGCGUGCCCAUGCGCGCCGUUUGUGGCACCACGUUCAUUGUAGCACUCUUGUCGCUCCUUUACCUGAACGAUCAAGCUUUCAUCGCUCUGGGCGCCAUCAGCUCCUUGUCAUCAAUAAGCCUGUAUAUCAGCUACGGCAUUGCCCUUAUCUGCAUCCUUUACGCCCGUUGCAGGAGCUCUGGUGGCUUCCAGCUCGGCGAGUGGAAUUGCGGCAGAUUCGGUCUUCCCGUCAACAUCGUCGCGCUGAUUUACACGGCUUGGGAAAUCCCUUGGCUCGCAGUUCCUAACGUACUGCCAGUCACCGUUACGAAUAUGAACUAUGCGGGCCCUAUAUAUCUAGCUGUCCUUGUCGGGGUUGUCAGCUACUGGUUCCUGUGGGCAAAAAAGAACUGGACGGGCCCGAACAUGAAGAUUGUUGGUAUUGUAGUCAGAGCUUCGUAA